GCCGCCUGCCACAUCUGGAGACGCUUCCCAACACGAGAAACUUCAACUUUCGCGUUUUCCUCUGCGCAGAAACACGCAGGCGUUUGCGAAGUGUCAAUCCGUCAGGGUGAAUUUGGCUCUCUCGUGAUAGUAAGUAGAGAUUCUUGAAGCCGAGUUGGCGUUUCUCUCUGUCUCUCAGCUUUCCUUUUUUUACAUAGCGUUGGUAAACAGAGCCCGUUUGGGAGUUUCAUACAUUCAGUUGCUGUGUACGUGCCACGCUAGAUUGUGUUGUAGUUGCUUCGUGGAAAAGAAAACAACAUAAAGUUACAUAUUUCCAUGUAUGAGUGAGAAGAGAAGGAGCGGAACGCGCAGCUGUGCGUUGACUCACGCACAAAUCAAGCAAACAAAUCUAUAAAAAGUUUCUUAUUCCACGCUCGGCUCUGUCACUAGAGGAUUGUUAGUGUUAAAUGUUGGAAGCAAAGCCUGUGUGAGAGCCUGCUGCUUCACUGCACGAUAGUACAUGACUGCGUUGAUGGUGACAUGAGUCAGAGGGAAUCAAAUUGUGAAAUUCAACAGCGACUGGUGAUGGAGUGAUACAUCUCGGGUUUAUUUGUGCCCAGCGCUGAUCUAACAUUUGGAAGAGAGGACUGGAAUAAGCCAUAAGGCGCACAGCUCCAUACUGAAGUGUUUAAGUUAGUCUGAGGGGAAAUUUAAAAGACCUAAAAAUACAGCGUUGGUUUCUUCCCUACAAAGAAUCAUUUGAACUUCCCACCGCAGAGCGAGAGCGACAUAAAUAGUUCUGACAUGUGGAUGUAAUUUCAGAAGAGGAAAAAAGACAGAUGCAGAGAAAUAAAGAGAGCGGGCUGAGCCUGAGCAUAUAGUAGAUUAUAGGAAAUUAAAUCGAGGGCAGAGCGAGGCGAUUACAGAGUUAUGAUUUCACAAGCCGCCGUGAGCAUCGACAGGCCAGAUGGAGUGAAACAACAAAAGUCGCUCCACUUUGAAGAGAGUUAAGUAGAUUAUAUCAUCUCAUCUGAGCAUCAUCAGCGUCUGUUUGAGCCCCGCAAGGACUCUUGGAGGUAGAGUUGCCUCAGGUCAGGGAUGGGAUCCGCUCUGCUGCUCCACAAUCUGGACUUUCUUCUCAUCUCACUCCUCAGCAGUUUGUGCCUGGCUUACGCAGAUGAUGUGCUUACAAAAGAUGAACAGAUAGGCCUGUUGUUCAGAGCAAAACGGAAGUGUGAGGGGAACAUCAAGUCGAAGCACAAGGUUCCUGAUGGUUUCUGCUCACCAGAAUGGGACGGCAUUGUUUGUUGGCCUGAAGGACCCCCAGGAAAGCUUGUAUCCACCUCCUGUCCAGAGUAUAUCCAUGACUUCAACCAUAAAGGACUAGCAUACCGCCGGUGUGACAACAACGGAACGUGGGAGCUGGCCACAGCCAACAAGACAUGGGCCAAUUAUAACGAAUGUGCAAAAUUCCUCUACCAUUACAACCAUAGCCAUGAAAAGGACGUCUUUCACCGUCUGUAUCUCAUCUACACAGUCGGGUACUCCAUCUCUCUGGGAUCACUCAUGGUGGCUGUCGUCAUCUUGGGAUAUUUCCGACGAUUGCACUGCACCAGGAACUACAUCCACAUGCACCUAUUUGUGUCCUACAUGCUAAGAGCUAUCAGUAUCUUUGUGAAAGAUGUUGUGCUCUACUCUGGAUCGGCCUUAGAGAACAUGGAAAGAGUCACAGUGGAAGACCUCAAGUCCAUCACUGAGGCUCCGCCAGCCAACAAAACACAGUUCAUCGGCUGCAAAGUGGUUGUGACUUUGUUCUUGUACUUUCUGGCGACCAAUUACUACUGGAUCCUGGUGGAAGGUCUGUACCUCCACAGCCUCAUCUUUAUGACCUUCUUCUCAGACAGAAAGUAUCUAUGGGGAUUUACUCUGAUCGGAUGGGGAGUUCCAGCUAUGGUUGUGACAGUUUGGGCGACUAUGAGAGCCACGUUUGCAGACACAGAGUGUUGGGACUUAAGUGCAGGCAAUUUGAAAUGGAUAUAUCAAGUGCCUAUUCUGGCGGCUAUAGUGGUUAAUUUUAUGUUAUUUCUGAACAUCAUCAGAGUCUUGGCAACUAAACUACGAGAAACAAAUGCUGGACGAUGUGACACAAGACAGCAGUACAGAAAACUGUUGAAGUCCACGUUGGUGCUGAUGCCACUCUUUGGCGUCCACUACAUCAUAUUCCACGCCAUGCCGUAUACAGAGGUGUCUGGAGUUCCCUGGCUGAUACAGAUGCACUAUGAGAUGCUGUUCAACUCCUUCCAGGGAUUCUUAGUCGCAAUUAUAUACUGCUUUUGCAACGGGGAGGUGCAAGCUGAGAUCAAAAAGGCCUGGAGCAGGAGGACUCUGGCCUUGGACUUCAAAAGGAAAGCUCGGAGCGGCAGCAACACUUACAGCUAUGGACCUAUGGUGUCACACACCAGUGUUACUAACGUCACUGCCAGAGGGCCGCUGGCCCUGCACCUCACCACGAGACUGGGACCGGUGCCUGUGAAUGGGCACAGGAACCUCCCCGGGUACGUGAAGAACGGCUCUGUCUCUGAGAACUCUAUACCCUCAUCGGGACAGGAGCUUCACAUUCCUGAUGAGGAGCAUUCUGCUCAUACACGGCCCUGCGAGAACGAGAAACCCUCACCUGUGGUGGAGGAGGAGAGGGAGACAGUCAUGUGACCUCCAGGCCGCCGUGUAUAGGGAUGAAACCUGGAAAAAAUAAAUAAAUCAAGGAACAGUCUCAGGAUGGUCUGAAGGGGACGGCUGCAUGCGUCAACACUGCCAGUUUUUUCUCCUGUGAAUCAAGCCGGAACAUUGCCGACAGAUGCUCAAGGCAAAAAGGGUGUAUCACUUAUGUGAGCUGGGCCGCCUCGUAUUUGAGGGAUGAUGACCCUCACUGUUGUGGCAAAAUACUUUCAACUCUCAUCAACCACCUGCCACAGUGAAUGUGUGAAGGGAUGAAAACAGACUGCCGUUUCUUGUUUCUUUUCCACUGCCAUAACUGUUGUUAUCUUGCUUUCUGUACGCUUCUUUGGAAAGUGUCUUGUUCUCAGCUUUGUGCAUAAAUAAAACGGGGGUUAGUUACAGUGUAGUUGCCAGGAACAGCCUCAAUCACCUUCGUAAAGCCAGGUGGAUCUUGAGUGCACUUAGUGAUGUACGUGUGGGCAGUUUCAUCAGCAAGUUUUCAGAUUAAGUCAGCGUGAGAAGACUAAGUGUAGGCUCAGCUUAAAAUUCUUUUAAUGCUACUAUUUUGAAGUGUCCAUUCAUGCUUUCUGGCAUGGGUUCUCAUUCGUUCUGCAUUGACUUAAAUCCACUUCAGUGUAAAAGGGAAGGUACUCAGGUAAUUGAAGUCCUCUGUUGUUGCACACCUAUUUUUAUACUUUAAAGUGGUGUUUUGGCAUGGUCAGCAUCUCUCUGAGGGUAUGUUAUAUAAGGCUGUGUCAGUUUGUUGUUUUUCUAAAUGUACAGUUUCUGCUGUUUAGAAGGACCAAGUAUUCAUCUCUCUAAUUACAACAGAUUUCGAAGAGUUCUAAUGAAUGUUUCAUAUUCAAAUUUUCUCCUAAAAUACCCUCACACACACUCACACACACACACAACACGAUGCCAAAGUAGGAAUAUUUCUUUGAAGACUGUCUCUCUCUCUCUCUCUGGGUUCAGUGUUAGCUGAGGUAAAGACGAACGUUAUGGAAAUCUGACAAAAACAGUAUCAUAUGUUCCCACAGAGUUUUCAAAGGAGGAGACCCCAUUUUAAAAACACAGGGUGCAGGAAACGGUCAUAUAUUCCAGUGGAAUGUUAAUUAAAUGAGGAUUCCAAGAAAAUCUCAAAUUCAGCUGGAAUUCCAAGAGUGACAUUUGUGGUGGAUAUGAAGGAAAACCCCAGAAAUGAAUAACACACAGUAAUUUUUACAAAUGGUUCAGUGUUAUGCUGCUUUUUGAUGUGUAUAUACAAGUCACAAUGUUUACAAAGAUCAGAAAUACAUUCUAAUUGUGAGCUAAUAGUGUUCAUGUGUAUGGAUAUGUUAUAAAGCUAUGUUUCAGUGUU